AUGGCUCUCCCGACCGGUCAGCACGAGCGGUCGGCGGAGAAGCUCGAUCGGAGCAAGGGAUUCAGAUCCUACGUUGCUGCUUCUAAAGCUCUAGUGGGAAUUUAUCUAGAAAUAUAUCGAGAUGCUGCAUUAGCUGUUGCAGAUUUGGCAUUGCAAAUCCUAGGAUCAAUUCGACAUGAACUAGGUGGUGGGGCCGGCUUCCUGGUUACUGGACUUCUUUCUUCUGCUUCUUCUACUUCUUGGCAAGACUUGAAGGAUCACAUGCGUCGAGCUGGAGAUGUUUGUUUCUCUCAAGUUUACCGUGAUCGUGAUGGUGAGAAAUUAUCUCUUCUAAAACUGCUAGCUUUGCAGACAUAGUUUCAAUGAACAUGGGUUGAAUGUUGCCAGCUAAAAUUCAUAACUUAUGUGGUUGUGCUGGUGAUGUGUACAUAUAUAUUAGUAUA